GUUUCAAAAUUGAAUUUCUUCCACGAAGCAAUGGCGUAGAAGCCAGGGAUUUCCACCAAAAUGUUUCGGAUUCACUAGCGGAGAAGAAUGGGACACGUCGAAGAAAUUGGGACCAGUCAGACCGCAACAGAUACCAAAUCAACCUAUCGCUCUUUUGUCUGGCAAUGGGACUAUUAUAAGAUUGGAAUGGAAAAUAAAUAUAUAUAUGCGGACUGUCUGUUUCCUGCUUCCUCACUCUUCUUAAUAUCUAUUUCGUACUGCUGUUUGCAGCAGAGUCGGUGGGAGAUACUUUUGGGUUAUAUAUCUUUUAUGGCGGCAAUACUAGCUUCACAGGGCUGCUGUUGCCGCAUUGGAGAGACUGCAUAUCAUGGCAAACUAGGAGAUGACCUUAGCUUUUCAGGAUCCAUAUCGAACAACUGUGUGAAGUUCAGAAACAAUGAGUAUCAUCUAUUUAAAACUCAGAAAGUUAAUCAGUUUCAAGUGAGAGUGCAGCAGACAGAGCUGUCUGCUAAAGUUGGUACAAAUGGCCGACCUACAAAAAUGGUACCUACAACGGAGCUCAAGAACCGAAUUCCCCCAUCCAAAACUAAACCAGACACUUUGAAUGAAUCCCUCAAGAAGGUUAAUGGUGUGCCUCAUGCCAAUGAAUCAAGCCUGAUUAAGAGAGAUGUUCCAGCUCAAUCCUCUUCCAAAAAGGCUUCCAGGAGUAAACAGCUUCCUCCUGUUGAAGAGUUAACAGUAUUACCAUCUGAUGAAGGGUUUAGCUGGGCCAAUGAAAACUACAACUCAAUCCAAAGAAGUAUAGAUGUUUGGUCCUUUGUUAUUUCACUUCGUGUGCGUGUUCUUUUCGACAAUGCCAAGUGGGCAUACAUUGGAGGAUUUUCCGAGGAUAAGCAGGGAAAAAGAAGACGAAAGACAGCCUCGUGGCUUCGAGAAUCUGUAUUGCAACUUGGUCCUACUUUUAUUAAGCUGGGUCAGUUAUCCUCAACAAGAUCUGAUUUGUUCCCAAAUGAGUUUGUAGAAGAGCUUGCCAAGUUGCAGGAUAGGGUGCCGGCAUUUUCACCUGAAAAAGCAAAGCGCUUCAUUGAAAAGGAAUUGGGCGCCACUAUAAAUAUGCUGUUCAAGGAGUUUGAAGACAGGCCGAUUGCAGCUGCUAGUCUUGGUCAGGUGCACCGAGCAAUCUUGCAUAACGGAGAGAGAGUAGUCAUAAAAGUUCAAAGACCAGGACUGAAGAGACUUUUUGACAUUGAUCUCAAAAAUUUAAAGCUGAUUGCUGAAUAUUUUCAAAGGAGUGAGACAUUGGGUGGUCCAACUAGGGAUUGGGUUGGAAUUUAUGAAGAAUGUGCCAAGGUGUUGUAUGAAGAGAUUGACUAUGUGAACGAAGGGAAAAAUGCUGAUAGAUUUCGCCGUGAUUUUCGAAAUAUAAAGUGGGUUCGAGUACCUAUGGUUCACUGGGAUUACACAACAACAAGAGUGCUAACAUUGGAGUAUGCUCCUGGCAUCAAGAUAAACCAAGUAGAUGCGAUUGAUCAACGAGGGUACAAUCGAGCUACCAUUGCAUCACAUGCCAUUGAGGCUUACUUGAUUCAGAUAUUAAAGACUGGUUUUUUUCACGCUGAUCCUCAUCCCGGAAACCUUGCUAUUGAUGAUGAUGAGGCACUAAUAUAUUAUGAUUUUGGAAUGAUGGGCGACAUUAAAAGCUUCACAAGAGAGAGGUUAUUGGAGCUUUUCUAUGCUGUGUAUGAGAAGGAUGCAAAGAAGGUUAUGCAAAGUCUAAUAGAUCUAGGAGCUCUUCAGCCCACGGGGGAUAUGACAUCGGUGAGGAGAUCAGUCCAGUUUUUUCUUGACAACCUGUUAGAUCAACGACCUGAUCAACAACAAACUUUGUCUGCAAUUGGUGAGGUACAAAACACACUAAUCCCUUUUCCGAAAGUGCAGAAAAAUUUACAUGAAACAUUGUUAAAUGAAAAGAACAUGUUUGGGAGAACAUGCUCUGAUGUUAUGUUUUUUAUUUUCCUGAAGGAUUUAUUUGCCAUAGCAACAGAUCAGCCAUUCCGGUUUCCAGCCACAUUUACAUUUGUCCUCAGGGCAUUUUCAACUCUUGAGGGCAUUGGCUACACUCUCAAUCCUGAUUUUUCGUUCCCGAAAAUUGCUGCACCAUAUGCUCAGGAGCUAUUGGAUUUGAGACAGAGACAGCGCACUGGAACACAACUUGUACAGGAAAUAAGAAAACAGGCUGACGAUGCAAGAUCUUCAGCUAUCUCUAUGCCUUCUCGUAUUCAACAGAUAGAAGAAAUUGUCAAGCAGCUUGAAUCAGGGGAUUUAAAGCUCCGAGUUCGAGUCCUUGAGUCAGAAAGAGCAGCUAGAAAAGCAACCAUAUUACAAAUGGCAACAAUAUAUACUGUUUCGGGUGGAACCCUUUUGAAUCUCGGCGUCACAUUCAGUAGCCAAGGCAACGAAGCUGUUGCCAACGGUUCUCUCAUAGCUGCAGGUGUGUUUUUUGCGCUUAUUCUGAGAUCAAUGCAGAGAGUGAAAAAGCUCGACAAAUUCGAGAAAAUGAUAUGAUUUUCUUCAGUGAAUUGUGUAUAGAUUCUUUGCCAUCGUUGCACUUAGAAGGAUAAAUGAAUCUUAUUAUAUUACCCAAAAAAAAAAUAGAAAAAAAUAGUCCAAAAUAGGACUAUUCAGAAAUUUAUUGUAGAAAUAUUUUGAAACAACGUGAUGUUGUGUAAUUUAUUUAUUUAAUAGAAUAGUUUAAUAGCAAGAACUAUAUUAUCAUUUUUCAUA